AUGCUUAUCUAUAUUAUACAGAUAACACAAUACACAUCUUAUACUGUUGCAAAUUCAAACAAUUUUAUGACACAAAAAGAAACAACUGCCUUCAGAAGCACAGCUCAAGGUUACAGCACAGAAGAAAAGAGCAAAGCUGAGCCAGAGGCAGAUAACAAGCUGCCCGGCUCCAUCGAGGAGUGCCACAAGCAGAUUGAGACUCUCACCAGCGACCUCACCUCACUACGGACUCAAGCCAGAGAUUAUGAAGACAAGUACAAGCGUGCGCUAGCCGACGGAGAGAAUGUCAGACGUCGCAUGAUGAAGCAGGUGGAAGACGCCAAGUCUUUCGCUAUACAGAGCUUCUGCAAGGACCUGCUAGAUGUAGCCGACACGCUGGCGGCGGCCGCGGAGAGCGUGCCGGAGAGCGAGGUGUCGGAGGGCGGCGCGGCGGCCGCGGAGGCCGGCGCCGCCGCCGCGCUGCGCUCGCUGCACGACGGGGUGCGCCUCACGCGGGCGCAGCUCACACAGGUGUUCAGUAGACACGGACUGGUGUCGGUGUCACCGCUGCGGGAGAAGUUCGACCCCAACCUACAUGAAGCGCUAUUCCAGCAGGAGGUAGAAGGAGCAGAACCUGGCACAGUGGUGGCAGUCAGUAAGGUUGGCUACAAACUACACGAGCGAUGCGUCAGACCGGCCCUAGUAGGCGUCGCCAAGUGAUUGCAUACAUAUAUAUAUUAUACAUGUAUGUACAGCCAGCCUAGUUAUAUAGUAUGCAGGUAAAGAAUAAACGUUGAUUCAGUACAGAGACAGUAGCCAUUGGUGGUCUAGAGCCGACUGUGUUACAAAAGAUAUGGCUUCGUAACAAAGCAGGCAAUCUAUACAUAUAAUAAAGUCGCGGAG